UUUCGGUGGUUAGACUGUAUUUAAUUCACGAGAGAUUUGCAUUCUGAGAUGAUUCAGGAGGGCAUCCACCUGCCUUGUCACCAUUGACCUCCAUUCCUGACCAAUGUGGAGCUGUGCUGCCCCAGGGCCCCAGAGCCUCUGGACACUGUUGUCUUCUCAGAUGGCUUCAUUAUCCUUCAUUUCCUGGUUUCCCUGUUUAAAGGAAAGAAGUAGACACAUACGCUUGGUCACAUUUGUGCCCCCAAGCCAUGCACCGUGCGCUCUGUAGGUUGUGCACUGCCCAGAGUUUGAACAGUGGAACCGUGCCUUGCCUUGCACACACGUCACACUGAGAUGACCAGUGACUUAGUAUUUCUGUAACAGUCUGAGAAAAAUGCCAUCAUCUAUUGAUAAUUAUAUCCUCAAGAUCCAGAUGGAUCUUCCAGUCGUACUAGUACUUACCGUGUCCUUCGCAUGACCCAUUAACAUGAUGACAGCAUUCUUUCCUGGAGAAGUACCUGGCGUGAAGCCAUAAUGGCCAUUGUGAUGAGGGCAGCACAUGACCCAGGCACCGGAUUGUCUUCCUUUCCCCAGAAAUGACUUUUCCCUGAACAAAAGAUUGAGAGGGGAGAAGGAUGGUCUUGGUCCUAAGACUGACAGUGCUUGCUGCAUCUGCCACACCACGGAACAUGCACCUGCUCAUCACAAGGACCUCUCUCCCCUCUGGGCAGCAGGAGCCCCUCUAAGAAUGGAGAGAUAAGACACUUCAGGCCCCUACGACGCAAGGCUGUGCUGGGACACUCGUACCGCCCCGAUGGAUCGCAGCAGAGAGGCUGAGAUGGAGCUGAGGAGAGGACCCAGCCCACCCAGGGCUGGCAGGAGCCACGAAGUGGAUGGGGACAAGGCUGCCUGCCACAGCUGCUGCAUCUGUGGCAAGAGCUUUCCUUUCCAGAGCUCCCUGUCACAGCACAUGCGCAAGCACACGGGAGAGAAGCCCUACAAGUGUCCCUACUGUGAUCACAGGGCUUCCCAGAAGGGUAACCUCAAGAUUCAUAUCCGCAGCCACCGGACAGGGACUUUGAUUCAGGGGCAUGAGCCAGAGGCGGGAGAAGCUCAGCUGGGUGAGAUGCGUGUCUCUGAGGGCCUGGAUGGGUGUGCCAGCCCUACUAAGAGCACCUCUGCCUGCAACCGCGUGCUGAAUGGGGCCGUGCCUAUGGACGGCAGCAAGAUUCUGCUCAGGAGCAGCCGCAAGGAGGUGGAGGGUGCGGCCAGUGCCCAGGAAGACACUGAAGCCACGGUGCCAUGCUCCUUCUGUAAGAGCCGGUUUGAGCGCAAGAAGGACCUGGAGCUGCAUGUGCACCAGGCCCACAAGCCGUUCAAGUGCAGGCUGUGCAGCUAUGUCACCCUGCGGGAGGAGUCUCUGCUCAGCCACAUCGAGAGGGACCACAUCACUGCACAGGUGCCCAAUGGCAGCGAGGCCUGUGUGGAGAACGGCAAACCGGAGCUGAGCCCUGGGGAGUUUCCCUGCGAGGUGUGUGGCCAGGCCUUCAGCCAGACCUGGUUCCUGAAGGCACACAUGAAGAAACACCGGGGCUCCUUUGACCACGGCUGCCACAUCUGCGGCCGGAGAUUCAAAGAGCCUUGGUUCCUCAAGAACCAUAUGAAGGCGCAUGGACCCAAGGCAGGAAACAAGAACAGACCCAAGAGUGAGCUGGAUCCCAUUGCCACCAUCAACAAUGUGGUGCAGGAGGAAGUCAUUGUCGCUGGCCUGUCCCUCUAUGAGGUCUGCACAAAGUGCGGGAACCUGUUUACAAACCUGGACAGCUUGAACGCCCAUAACGCCAUACACCGUAAAGUUGAAGCCAGCCGGAUUCGAGCCCCGGCUGAGGAGGGGGACUCAGAGGACCCCCUGGACACUAAGCAGUUCUUCUUACAGUGCCUGAACCUGACACCAUAUGUGGCUGGUGAUGUUUCCCCCGGUGGGCAGGCUGGACGGCGGGUGGCUGAAUUGGACCCCGUCAACAGCUAUCAGGCCUGGCAGCUAGCUACCAGGGGUAAGGUGGCUGAGCCGGCCGAGUACCUCAAGUAUGGGACCUGGGACGAGGCGCUGGCAGGGGAUGUAGCCUUUGACAAAGACAAGCGUGAGUAUAUACUGGUGAGCCAGGAAAAACGCAAGCGUGAACAGGAUGCUCCGGCUACCCAAGCUCCCCCAAGGAAGAGGGCCAGUGUACCUGGGGACCCCAUGCUUUCUGGCCACCUUGAUCCCCGGCCAACCUCACGCCCCAACCGCAGGGCCUCGGCCACCACUGGCCAGGGCAAGUCCUCUGAGUGCUUCGAGUGCGGCAAGAUCUUCCGCACCUACCACCAGAUGGUGCUCCACUCCCGCGUGCACCGCCGUGCCCGCCGUGACAGGGAUCCUGAAGGGGACAGAGCAGCGCGUGCCCGUUGCGGUUCACUCAGCGAGGGUGACUCGGCUUCCCAGCCAAGCAGCCCUGGCUCAGCCUGCGCCAUUGCUGACUCCCCUGGCCUGGCAGAGGAGGUGGUGGAUGACAGUGGUGAAGAGGCUGUGCCUGAGCCCGCAUCAGGGGCCCAGCCUCGCCACUGCUGCUCUUCUGGAGAGGUGACACCCACAGCACUCUCCAACGGAGACCAGAGUCACAAGCUUGGAAAUAACCUGCCAGAAAAAGACAUCAGCGAGCCCAAGGUGGGGAGCGCCAUGCCGUCUGUGUCCAUACUUGAAAACAGCAGCAGAGAGACCGCCAAGGGUCCCGAGCAGCAUAGAUAUUCUCUUGACCUAAAGAUGCCAGCAUUUCACCCCAAGCAGGAGGUGCCCAGCACUACUGACCGGGUAGAUUUCCCUGCGAGCAUGGAGAUAACUAGCCUGCAGCACACCUUGGACAGCCAGGCCGGGCAUUCUAAAGAAAAGCUGUCCGAUUUGCACAAGGAGCACUGCGGGGUAGGAAAGCGGGCAUCCGCCCCGGACCUGGUCCCUCUGGACUUGAGCAUGAGGUCGAGCAGGGAUGAGCCCAGCGGUAAAGAAGCGUGCUCCCUGCAGGCGGCCCUGGUCAUUCACCCGUGUCCUUACUGUACCCACAAGACCUACUACCCCGAGGUCCUGUGGAUGCACAAGCGCAUUUGGCACAGGGUCAGCUGCAGCUCUGUCGCACCUCCUUGGACUCAGCCCAGUGGCCACAAGAGCAUUCGCAGCAACCUGGUUUUCCUCACUCGCAGUGGGCGCACAGGCCCUCCACCUGCUCUUGGGGGCAAAGAGUGCCAGCCCCUGCUUCUUUCUCGCUUUGCCCGCACCCAGGUGCCAGGUGGGGCGCCAGGAUCAAAGGGCAGCUCCUCUCCCCUCGGGGUGACCACAAAAGCCGCUAGCAUGCCUAAGAAUAAGGAGAGCCAUUCCGGGGGCCCCUGUGCUCUGUGGGCCUCUGGCCCCGAUGGAUAUCGACAGACCAGAGCUGGACAUGGCCAGGAGCCUCCCAGCGCUGCAGUGCAGGGGCCCCUGGCCAAACCCAAACAGGAGGGCAGCUCCAGGUUGGCACCUUCCCCAGGCAGUGGGGGCCUCAGCAGAAGUACCACCCCCACACCCUCAGUGAUAACCCGUGUUGGUGCCCAGCCCUCGGCCAAUAGCAAACCAGUGGAGAAACUUGGGGGCCCAGCAGUGGGGACUGGCUUUACCCCUCCGAAUAAGCACAGUGCCCCAGACUCUCUGAAAGCCAAAUUCAGUCCUCAGCCUCAGGGUCAGCCUCCAUUGAAAGGUGAAGGAGGCUCUCCUCUACCUCCCCGAGAACCCCCUGUGAAGGCGGCCCAGGAGCUGAGAACACUAGCCACCUGCACAGCGGGGUCCAGAGGGGAGGCGGCCUUGCAGGCCCCACCUGGUGCGCCUCCCACCUUAAACUCCGCCAAGCAGGAGCCGGCAGCUGAGGGGCAGGAGAAGCGCUUGGACAUCCUCAGUAUCUUUAAGACGUACAUUCCAAAGGACUUCGCCACCCUCUACCAGGGCUGGGGUGUCAGCAGCCCUGGGCCCGAGCACAGAGGGACAUCACUAACAGGGACACCACGGACACAGGCCCACCAGGGAGACUUUGUCUGUGUGGAGUGCGGCAAGAGUUUCCACCAGCCCAGCCAACUCAGGGCCCACCUUCGGGCACACACAGUGGUGUUUGAGUGUGACGGUCCACGAGAUUCUGAAGUUCACACAGCCUCCACGGAUGCCCCUAAACAAGGGAGAGACCAUACCACCCCAGGGACUGUGCCAGCAGGGCCCCUCCGAAAGGGGACCUAGAGACACACCUCCAGCGCCCGGCCCCGUGACAGUGUUGACUGUGGCCUCACGGGUGACUGGAAGGCUCCCAGCAGUGACCAUGGCCACUUUGGGGAAGAAGAUCCAGGGCCUCCUGACGAGAUACUUUAGACUCGGGAGCCAUUGCGGUAGAGCAGACCCAGGGAGAGGCCUCCCUUGGUAAUGUUUAGGGACAGCAAAGAUGCUAUGCCUAAAAUUCAGUGUAGCUCUUUCACACACAUGUUUGUGCUCAUCACCCAUGGCCUGUGUCUCCUCGUGAUAAGCAGUGGUAUUGUCAGGCACAGUGGGAGCUCAAGGAGUCUGGAUUACUCAAGACAGGCAUGAGACACUGGAAAAAAGAUACUGGUGUGUUUGGAAGAAGUGGACAGCACUGUGGGGAGGUCCAGUGCUUAAGACAGAUGAUGCUGUCAGGAUGUGGGGUGCGGAGGGGGCUGCACUACCACCUCUCCCCACCACCUCAGUGGGGACUUUAAGUAGAAGGUGAGACAGAGGGGUGUUCAGGUGGUGUUUGAAUGCUGUGGAGAGGAGCUUGGUGAGGCAGGGCAAUGAGAUAGCUCCUCACGGUUAGGUGUCUGGCCACGACCCUCUGAGCUGCUUAUGCCCCGCCAUGCUGCGUCCUCACCGUCCGGGCUGCGUCUGGCUCAGGAAACACUGCAGAGGUGGGAACACAUAUAAAUCUGCUUUGGAAAAGAAACAUUAGUUGAACACUAAGAGGAGCAGGUGUCUUUUUUAUUCUCAGGACCUUUUUUGUAACAGGGCUACAUUCUGCAAACUGCUCACGGAAGGCGACUCCAUGUCUUAACAGAGUGCCACUGAGUCCUCCCAAUUUGGGCCUGUUUUGGUAAUGGCAGAGGAACCCUUGAGCAGAUUGGGGGCCCUAGAUCCUUAGGGUGCUAGUGCUCUGGAGCCUUCUCUCUCCUCCUCCCACCCCAGCCUUUCCCCUGCACCACCCCAGCAAAUAGA